AAUUAGUCCCUGAUGGGUGGAGUAAUGCAAUCAGGAGUAAGUAGAGCUGACAAGAGGCCCGCGGCUCAGUCUGCCCUGACUCCACACAGACACCUCCUCGGACCAAAGGUCACCAUUCACAGUCAACAUGACAGAACGCUAUGACUGCCAUUACUGUAAAGAGUCCCUGUUUGGGAAGAAAUACGUCCUGAGAGAGGAGAACCCCUACUGUGUGAAAUGCUACGAGAGCCUGUACUCCAACUCCUGUGAGGAGUGCAAGAAGCCCAUUGGCUGCAACUCCAGGGAUCUGUCCUACAAGGACCGCCACUGGCAUGAGGACUGUUUCAAGUGCUUUCAGUGUAAGCGCUCACUGGUGGACAAGCCUUUCUCCACCAAAGAUGAGCAGCUGCUCUGCACCGAGUGUUACUCCAAUGAAUACUCCUCCAAGUGCCAUGAGUGCAAGAAAACCAUCAUGCCCGGUUCAAGGAAGAUGGAGCAUAAAGGGAACAGCUGGCAUGAGACUUGUUUCACAUGCCAGCGAUGCCAGCAGCCAAUCGGCACCAAGAGUUUCAUCCCUAAGGACAACCAUAACUACUGUGUGCCUUGCUAUGAAAAGCAGUUUGCCAUGCAGUGCAUCCACUGCAAGAAGCCGAUUACAACUGGAGGGGUGACCUACCGUGAGCAGCCCUGGCACAAGGACUGCUUCCUGUGCACUAGCUGCAAACAGCAGCUGUCUGGACAGAGGUUCACCUCUAGAGAUGACUUCGCCUAUUGUCUCAACUGCUUCUGCAACCUUUAUGCCAAGAAGUGUGCUUCCUGCACCACCCCCAUCAGUGGUCUGGGUGGCAGCAAGUACAUUUCUUUUGAGGAGCGCCAAUGGCACAAUGAUUGCUUCAACUGCAAGAAGUGCUCCGUGUCCCUGGUCGGGCGUGGCUUCCUCACUGAACGUGAUGACAUCUUGUGUCCUGAAUGUGGAAAGGACAUCUAAUUGGAUCUCAUCAGAAAACAUGUCAUAGUGAUAACAAUGGCAUAUUAGGUUAUGUUUGAGUUUCACAUAGAAUCUCAUAUUGCUCUCUAUAAAUGUACAUGAUUAAAAGCCACACUUAACUAA